AUGUCUCUCAAUGUUCCGUUGUGGAUAACAGGUACUGCUUUGGGAAUAGGUGCACUCCUCACCUGGAAAGCCGUCCCAUCACGAACAUCCAGAUUUCCCUCUAGACUCAUCGGCUCCUGGGACUUUUUAUCCUUCGAGGUCCACACGAAACAAUCCGAUGGCACGCACAUUGAAUAUCCUCUUGGACGAGAUGUAUCCGGUGAAGUCACCUACACGGCCGACGGCCACAUGUCUGCCCAGAUGAUGGCAAUCGGAUGUCCUCGCUUUGACAACUUCUACUUCUUCGCGACAGAUGAGGAGUUGACCAACGCGGGCAAGCACUUUCUGGGAUAUGCAGGGACGUAUUCGAUCAGCGAGGAGGACGGGGAGGUCAUCGUCCAUCAUCAUGUCAAGUGUUCCAAUUUCCCCAACUUGGUCAACGGGACUGUGCAUCGAGCGGUGGAUCUGGAUGGGGAUAUUCUCACGUUGAGACCGCGAGAUGGGACGACGAGCUGGAAAGACAACGAGGGACAGCCGAUUGUGACAUGGAGGAGAUCCAAAGCUGCAACUAUUUUGUAGGAAUCUUGUCCAACAUGGAUUGAAUGUGCAUCACUCCUUAAUACACUUCUAUAUCUGCCUGUACAUCCACACCAUCACCAUGUUCAAUCUCUCCAAAACCCUCUCCUUCCGAUUAUGGCAAUACCUCGCUACCUCCUACGGCAUCUUGCUAGCCUCUUCUUCCUCCUCGCCCUCAUUUCCUCUUGCAACCUCCCCCCAACCGCUGCCUCACCUCCAAUUCGCCUGCGCAGCAGCCAGCAUCGUCGACUUCAUGCCCAC